UGGAGUUUUGCUCUUUCUUCCGCCCUCACGUGUGGAUGGGAUCGCCUGUUGCACGCUUGCUCAUGAAUAUUCACCGUUUAUGCUAAUGAGGCCCGGGCAGCGUGUACUGCAGGGUAGGCAAGUUGUGGGGGACAGCACCGUGUCCAGGACAGCAACGGGGCCCGGACUGCCAUAGGAGGGAGAACUAUACCGAGCACACAGCGCUCCGGAGCCGGAUCACAGCGGCAAAGAAGGGCCACACCGACCAGCACUUCGUUACCUUACCGGCCAGGCCUCUACGGAGAGGGAGCCGACGGCAUGGAUCCGCCAGCCGGAGGAGGAGGCGGCGGCGGUUAUGGAGCCGGUCCACCGGCUCCCACCAAAAGCUCCAAGGAGAAGAAGAAGCUCAAGAACCAAGAUGAAGGAGGGGAGAAAUCCAAGAAAUUUACAUUUAAACGUCUUAUGGUAGAUGAGCUCGAAAGGUUUACAAGUAUAAGAAUUAAGAAGGAGAAGGAAAAGCCGACUGUGUCACAUAGGUAUUCUGCCAACUACACUGACAAUCCACUGCAGACGUUGCAGGAACUCGGUGAUGAAACUGUACUGGAGUUGUUUGAACAGAUGCUGAAUGACAUGAACCUUAAUGAGGAAAAGCAACAGCCUUUACGAGCAAAGGACAUGAUGAUAAAAAGAGAGAUGGUAUCCCAGUAUCUACAUACGUCCAAAGCUGGAAUGAAUAAGAAGGAAAGCACGAGGUCAGCACAAAUGUAUAUUCAGGAGUUGAAAUCUGGACUUGGUGAUGCAAAUCUUCUGGCCUGUUUAGAAUCUCUGAGAGUGUCCCUCAAUAACAAUCCUGUCAGCUGGGUACAGAAUUUUGGUGCAGAAGGUCUUUCGUGUCUAUUGGAGAUCCUGAAAAGACUACAAGAAGAUCAGCCUCGUGACUCUAAAAGUGAGCAUGAAAUCAUCAGAUGUUUAAAGGCUUUCAUGAACAAUAAUUUUGGAAUAAAGACCGUGCUGGGGACAGAUGAUGGGAUCAGGCUUCUGGCAAGAGCUGUGGACCCCUCAGUCCCUGCCAUGAUGAUUGACGCUUUGAAGCUUCUCUCUGCUCUGUGCAUUCUUCCGCAGCCUGAGGACAUGCAUGAACGCGUCCUUGAAGCACUCACAGAAAGAGCAGAGACGGAUGAGAUGGAACGAUUUAAACCUCUUCUGGAUGGGCUAAAAAGCGGAACACAUGUAGCACUUAAGGUGAGCUGUAUGCAGCUAAUCAACGCCAUGAUUAUCCAGGGAGAUGAGCUGGAUUUCCGUGUUCACAUACGCAGUGAAUUGAUGCGUUCCGGACUCAGUAACUUGUUAAAGGAUCUGCACAAUAUAGAGAAUGAUGAACUGAAGGUACAGCUUAGUGUAUUCAUGGAACACUCUGAAUAUGAUGCUGAUGACUUACGUGGGCGGUUAGAUGACAUUCGAGUGGAGAUGGAUGAUAUGCAAGAAGUCUUCCAGAUUCUUCAGAACACAGUGAAAGACUCCCCGGCAGAACAGCUGUUCCUCUCUAUCCUGCAGCAUCUCUUACUCAUCCGAAAUGACUAUGAUGCAAGGCCACAGUACUAUAAGCUGAUCGAUGAAGUUGUGUCUCAGAUAAUCCUGCACAAAAAUGGAGCUGAUCCAGACUUUAAAUGUCGACGCAUAAGUAUAGAAAUUGAAAGUUUGAUUGAUCAUUUGAUUGAUAAGAAGAAGGUUGAAACGAGCGAGAUAAAAGCACGCGAUUUCAUGAAAAAGCUGGAUUUAGAACUUACUGCAAGACAUGAGCUCCAAGUGGAAAUGAAAGCAAAGGAAAGUGAAUAUGAACUAAAGUUAACAGAACUCCAGGGAGAGAAGCAAACCCUGGAUUCUGAAAAACAACAUGUCGUCACUGAAAAGCAAAAGCUCGAGUCCGAGCUCGUACAACUUUCCGAAAAGAUCGAAAAAGUCGCAAAGGAACUUGAAGAUGCUAAAAAGGAAAUGGCCAAUAUGUCAACAUCAUCUGUUUUAAUACCAGUUCCUACUCCAGGCACAGCAUCAGGACCAGCUCCACCACCUCCUCCUCCCCCGCCUCCUCUUCCAGGGAAUUUAGUUCCAGGGGGAGCACCUCCUCCACCCCCUCCUCCUCCACUACCUCCCUGUAUGGGUCCAGCUGCUCCUCCUUUUCCUGGCCAAACUGGUAUGCCGCCUCCCCCUCCACCUUUGCCAGGUGGGGUUGUUCCUCCUCCACCACCUUUGCCAGGUGUCAUUCCUCCACCCCCACCAAUGCCCGGUGCUGGUGGAGCUCCACCUCCACCACCAUUUCCAGGAGCCCCUCCACCGCCUCCACUGCCUGGAGCUCCUGGACUGGGACCGCCACCUCCUCCUUUCCCUGGUGGUCCUGGGGUUCCACCACCCCCACCAGGCAUGCUAGGUGGUCCUCCUCCUCCUCCAGGUUUUAGAGGCUGGGGGAUGUCUGCAGUGCCUGCUUUACCACAUGGACUAGUACCCAAAAAGGAAUAUAAACCAGAAGUGCAGCUGAAGCGACCUAACUGGGCAAAGAUUACUCCCACUGAACUCUCAGAGAAAGCUUUCUGGACACGAGCAAAAGAAGACAGGUUUGAAAAAGAUGAGCUGUUUGCAAAGAUUACCCUUACCUUCUCUUCACAGACCAAGACUGCAAAAAUGUCCAAGACCGAGCAAGAUGGAGAGGAUAAGAAAACUGCACCGAAGAAGAAAAUUAAAGAACUUAAAGUAUUGGACCAAAAAACUGCCCAGAAUUUAUCUAUCUUUUUGGGUUCAUAUCGCAUGCCCUAUCAGGAAAUUAAAAAUGUAAUCCUAGAAGUGAAGGAAGAAGUACUGACAGAGUCUAUGGUUGUGAAUCUAAUCAAGCAGUUGCCAGAAGAUGAAAAGAUUCAGUUGUUAACAGAACAUAAAGAUGAGUACAAUGACUUGGCAGAGCCAGAGCAAUUUGGAGUCGUGAUGAGCACAGUCCCGCAGCUUCAACCACGACUCAACGCCAUCCUGUUUAAACUCAUGUUUAACGAACAUGUAGAAAACAUCAAGCCAGACAUUGUUGCAGUAACAGCCGCAUGUGAAGAGGUGCAGAAGAGUAAGAACUUUGCCACCCUUCUAGAGCUCACUCUGCUUGUCGGAAACUUUAUGAAUGCCGGGUCCCGGAACGCUGGUGCUUUUGGCUUUGAGAUUGGUUUUCUCUGCAAGCUUAAAGACACCAAGUCAGGUGACCAGAAGACAACAUUGUUACACUUCUUAGCUGAAACCUGUGAACAAGAUUACCCUGAUGUAUUACAGUUCCCAGAUGAGAUUGUUCAUGUAGAAAAGGCCAGUAGAGUGUCUGCGGAAACUUUACAAAAGAAUUUGGAUCAAAUGAAAAAGCAAAUAUCAGACCUUCAGAAGAACAUUGACAGCUUCCCGCCACCAGCUGAUGAGAAGGAUAAGUUUGUGGAAAAGAUGACAAUAUUUGUUAAAGAAGCACAAGAACAGUACACAAAACUGUGCAUGAUGCAUGACAAUAUGGUGUCAUUGUUUACAGAAUUAGGACAAUACUUUGUUUUCAACCCCAAGAAAGUCUCCAUAGAGGAGUUCUUCCUCGAUCUGCACAACUUCCGUAUCAUGUUUGUGCAAGCACUGAAAGACAAUCAGAAGAGACGUGAGGCUGAGGAGAAGCUCCGACGAGCCAAACUGGCAAAGGAGAAGGCAGAAAAGGAGAAAAUAGAGAAACAGCAGAAACGAGAACAGUUAAUAGACAUGAAUGCAGAGGGUGAUGAAACGGGUGUUAUGGACAGUCUGAUGGAGGCCCUACAGUCCGGUGCUGCAUUUAGAAGGAAAAGAGGCCCACGGCAAGCGAAUCGAAAAGCUGGCUAUGCUGUUACCUCGUUGCUAGCAUCUGAACUGACAAAGGAUGAUGCACUAGUGUCAGUGGGUGCUAAGAAGAAGAAAGUAAGUGAGGAUGAUUUGGUUGAAAUGGAUACAGCUCAUGAAGACAGCCAGGAUAGGCUCACGCGAGCGAACUAACCAUGCAGUGUGCAAUGCACUUUACAAUUCUGAGCAUAGGAGAUCUUCCAGGAUCUUUGGAGAAGACUUUUGCCACCAAAGACCCUUUUAAAACUGUUGUGCUAACAAAAUUUUGAGGUUGUGUUUUUUUUUUAUUCAUUUCUGAUUGGUCACAUUAGAGGAAGAAUACUAAUCAGUGGUCUUUACUGCUCACACUUUUUCUUUUUAUUGCAAAAUCAUAUUUGUGGCAGAGGUUGGUAAUGUCAUCUUGUUAUAUGGUACAGUGUGGUAAGCAUGAUUGCAGUUAAAUGGGCAACAUAAACUCCAAGUGGUCAAGAAGACCUACAAAUGUACAGUCAUAGGAUAGAAUUAGUAUCUAUAACCAAAGUAUGAACUAAUGUAAAUACAGUACUGCCUUAAUCUUUGUUUGCUUACCUCUAAAUGAGAGAAUGUUGAUAUCACUGUAAUGACUAUGUUAUUUAUGAUGGUAUCAUUGUGAUAACUUCGUUUGCUGGAAUUAUUAGGUACACUGGCUCUGAUCUGAAAGAAGAAUUGAUGUUUACUUUCAUUUCCCACAAUGCUCACCCUUUCAG